GCUCCCCGCCCAGCAGCUCCUCGCCACGGCCGACGGCCUCACCUACAAUGACUUCCUCAUCCUGCCCGGCUUCAUCGACUUCACGGCAGACGAGGUGGACCUGACGUCGGCACUGACCCGCAGGAUCACGCUGAAGACGCCACUUAUCUCAUCACCCAUGGACACGGUCACCGAAUCGGACAUGGCCAUUGCCAUGGCGCUGAUGGGCGGCAUCGGGAUCAUCCAUCACAACUGCACCCCCGAGUUCCAGGCCAACGAAGUCCGCAAGGUCAAGAAGUUUGAGCAGGGCUUCAUCACGGACCCGGUGGUGCUGAGCCCCGGGCACACGGUGGGCGACGUCUUCGAAGCCAAGCUGCGGCACGGCUUUUCGGGCAUCCCGGUCACGCAGACGGGCAAGAUGGGCAGCAAGCUGGAGGGCAUCGUCACCUCCCGCGACAUCGACUUCCUCACCGAGAAGGACUACGCCACCUGUCUCAGCCAGGUGAUGACAAAGCGCAAUGACCUCGUGGUGGCGCCGGCCGGGGUGACACUCAAGGAGGCCAACGAGAUCCUGCAGCGCAGCAAGAAGGGGAAGCUGCCCAUCGUGAACGACAGCGAUGAGCUGGUGGCCAUCAUUGCACGCACGGACCUGAAGAAGAACCGCGACUACCCUCUGGCCUCCAAGGACGCCCGCAAGCAGCUGCUGUGCGGUGCCGCCAUCGGUACCCGCGAGGAUGACAAGUACCGCCUCGAUCUGCUGGCCCAGGCCGGCGCCGAUGUCAUCGUGCUGGACUCCUCUCAGGGCAACUCCGUGUAUCAGAUCAGCAUGAUCCACUACAUCAAGCAGAAAUACCCUGAGUUGCAGGUGGUCGGCGGCAAUGUGGUGACAGCGGCGCAGGCCAAGAACCUCAUCGAUGCCGGCGUGGACGCCCUGCGCGUGGGUAUGGGCUGCGGCUCCAUCUGCAUCACACAGGAAGUGAUGGCGUGCGGGCGGCCGCAGGGCACGGCGGUGUACAAGGUGGCCGAGUACGCCCGGCGCUUCGGCGUGCCCGUCAUCGCCGACGGCGGCAUCCAGACCGUGGGCCACGUGGUGAAGGCGCUGUCCCUGGGCGCCUCCACGGUGAUGAUGGGCUCCCUGCUGGCGGCCACCACGGAGGCGCCGGGCGAGUACUUCUUCUCAGACGGCGUGCGGCUCAAGAAAUACCGGGGCAUGGGCUCCCUCGACGCCAUGGAGAAGAGCAGCAGCAGCCAGAAGCGCUAUUUCAGUGAGGGGGACAAGGUGAAGGUGGCGCAGGGCGUGUCGGGCUCCAUCCAGGACAAGGGCUCCAUCCACAAGUUCAUGCCCUACCUGAUCGCCGGCAUCCAGCACGGCUGCCAGGACAUCGGCGCCAAGAGCCUCUCUAUCCUGCGCUCCAUGAUGUACUCCGGCGAGCUCAAAUUCGAGAAGCGCACCAUGUCGGCCCAGAUCGAAGGCGGCGUCCCCGGCCUGCACUCUUACGAGAAGCGGCUGUACUGAAGACGGGCCCUGGAGCAGCGCCCA